AUGCUCUGCACCUUGACCGUAUGCCCCAUCGGCUAUGUCGACUGUGGGGAGAACGAGAAGUCGUGUCAGUUCGUGUGGACCCCGGAUCAGAAGGACUCCACGCUGACGCGGUACAACGACCGGACCGGGGUGUGCGGCUUCGAGGGCUGUCCCGAUGAUCAUCAACCGUGCAACAUCCGCGACAGGGGCAACAAGAAAGUCUGCGUCCCCUACUGGCACAUCAAGACGAUCAUCAACGAAGACCAAUGCCACCUCAUCAACCCGAACGAGCUGCCGCGACUGAAGCCGGCGAAGGAGUGUGCCGGAAUGGAUAACACACUCGCCUGCUGGGCCGGAAAUGACUACACGUGCAUCGGGUUCGACAGGAUCACGUCGAUGAGCUUCGACGAGGAAAACAGGACGAUCUGCUAUUUUGCACAAUGCCCAAAAGAGGGCCAGAUCGCGUGCGCAGGCGAAUGCCAAACCAUCGAGGACGUGAAAAACGUGAAAACGGAUGGGGAAUGCGAAUAUCGCCGACUUCACCGCGGUCAGGUGAUCAUGAUCAUCUCCUGCUCCAUCAUCGGCAUCGUGGUGGUCAUCGCGCUUUUUGCACUGCUCGUCCGCGUCAUCGUCCGCAGACGCAACAGGGGCAAGACGGCCAACCGGGCAUCCAGCAAUGAGUCGCGUCGCGAGCCGAAGAGCGACAGCAACGAGAAGCGCCCCUGGAUGCCGUCCAAGAACCCGAAGGCCUUCAACGAAAAGCCCCAAGUC